CAGACUCCGGUGUGCCCGGCUGAAUAGCAGGGUUAGGGCCAGGGGGAUGCAGCAGCAGCCGCCCCCUCCUCCUCUGCCUCCUCCUCCUCCUCUGCCGCUGCCGGGACCUUUGGCCUUGCUGGGACCCACAGGGCAGUUUGCCAAAAGAAAGAAGACUUCUCUGUGGUUCGCUGUCUCUCUUCUGAUUGUAUCGGUUUUCAUCCUGACCAUUGGCUUGGCAACGACCACCAGGACGGAGAACGUCACCGUGGGAGGCUACUACCCUGGAAUCAUCCUUGGUUUUGGAUCUUUCUUAGGGAUCAUUGGCAUCAAUUUGGUAGAGAACAGAAGGCAAAUGUUGGUAGCCUCGAUCGUAUUUAUCAGCUUUGGAGUGGUGGCAGCUUUCUGCUGUGCAAUAGUGGACGGGGUGUUUGCGGCUCGCCACAUUGAACCGAGGCCUCUGAACACGGGAAGAUGCCAGUUCUAUUCGAGUGGGAUGGGAUUCGUCUACGAUGUUUAUCAGACAGAGGUCAUGUGUUACACCUUGACGAGCAAGUGCCAGCUGAAGGUAAAAAGCAACACCUGCUACUGCUGUGACCUGUAUAACUGUGAAAACGCUGAGCAGUCCAGCAGCUACUACGAGUUCGUCGGCGUGAGCGGCUGUCAGGAUGUGGUCCAUCUUUACCGGCUGCUCUGGUCGUCCACGGUCCUGAACACCAUCGGCCUGUUCCUGGGGAUCGUCACCGCGGCCGUCCUGGGGGCCUUUAAGGACAUGGCGCCCUUAUCCCAGCUGGCCUUCGGCUCCGCUCCGUCCGCCCAGAUCCUCUACAACCCAGCUCAGCAGCAGGUCCUGACCUACGCGGGCUUCUGUCCUUCCGCCGCCACCAUCCCUGCCUUCCCCUCCUACCCCCUCCCCCUGCAGCCGGCCACCACCUUCCCAGCCUCGUCGCCCACGGAGGUCUCCAUAUCCGGUGACACCCAGCCUCCGCCUCAGGCCGGCUCCACGUACGGGCUCCACCCCAACGCCCCGUCCCGCUCUCCCCCAGUCUACUUCCUCCCAGGGGACAAACCCCCGCCCUACGCGCCCUGAACAGGCAGCGCAUUUCUGGGGUCGCCUCUUGGGGUUGGUUUGUUUUUUCCCCAUCUUCUCAAAAAAAAAAAAAAAAAAUCGGAGGCCUCCCUUCCGGAAAUCUCCCACCUCUGUUCCCCGCAGACGAUCCCGGACCGUCUUCCCGGUACUCCCGACGGUCUCCCCGGGCCUCUCUCUCCCUCCCGUGCCGGCGGAUGGAGAAGAUGGAAGGGCAGAGCUCAGUGGGCAGGGCCCCGCGCUAAUCCAACCGUCGGCUGGCUCCGGCCCCAGCAGGCAUCGCUACCGCCGGAAAGCUAGGGUACCAAGAUGGCGGGAUGGACACCAGGCCCUUCAGGACAAGUCCAGAGCCAGCCGGGACUUGGGGCUUGCAGUCUUCUGGCGUUCCACUCGUUCCUCUUCCCGGUCGCAUCCGGUGAAAAUCCCUUUCUCUUUGGUGGGGAAACUGUGUCCCGUGAAAACCCCUGAGAGGUUAUUUUACGGUAAAAUAUUCCAUGUGUUUAUAUAUUUACACAGGACCACACGCCUGAGGAAGAGAAGCAACCUGGCCCUAGUGGCUAGACCACUGGCCCGGAAAUCGGAAGGACAUGGGUUCUAAUCCCGGCUC